CCUCCUUUUCUUCUCUCUCUCUCUCUUUGUUUCUCUCUCUACAUAGUAAUAGCAAUAAAUAAAUAGCGACGUCUCUCUGCUCUGCUUCCUAAUAAUCAGAAUCAGUAAUCACUAUCACCAAAAAAUCCAUGUCUUUCACACAUAUAUAACAGAAAUUUAGCUUGUGUAUCAGCCAUUAGAAUAUUCUGAAGAUCAGGCAUAUCUCGAAAUUUUUGGAACGGAGAUUUGCUGAUUUUAUCCAAAAGAUCUUCCAUUCAUAACUUGUGUCUGUUAUUGAUAAUCAGCACUAGUUAAUGGCUUCUCCUGAUCUUGACUCAACCUGGCCAUCAUCAUCUGGUUAUUCUUUUUCUGGAUCUUUAGAUAUACGUCUAGAGGAAGCGAAUUCAGCUGAUAUUUUACCUGUGCUGGAAGCUCCUACCUCUUCUGUAUCCUAUAAUUGUAACAUUCCAAAGCCACCACCGCUCCCUAAUAAAAUAAUUACAAGAACCAAAUAUGUGAACAGGCUAUCAGACUUUUGCCCUGUCCCAAAGGAAACAGUGGAUACAUGGGACAAACUCUUCAAGGAAGGACAUGGCGCUGAUGUCUAUGUUAUCACCGAGGAUGACUUGUUCAUUCCAUCUCAUUCUAGUAUUCUGAGUUGUGCAUCACCUGUGUUGGAGAAUUUGGUGCAGCAAACGAGAGUCAAGAAUGGUAUGAGAUACAUUAAGAUUCCUGGGGUGCCUUAUGAUGCUGUCUAUCUAUUCAUACGUUUUCUUUACUCUUCCCGCUAUGAGAUGGAAGAGAUCAAGAAGUUUGUUCUUCAUCUGUUGGUUUUGUCACACUCCUACUCAGUUCCAUCGCUUAAAAGAGUUUGUGUAUACUUUCUUGAGCAGGAUUGGCUAACAAAGGAAAAUGCAGUAGAUGUGCUUCAGUUAGCAAGGGAUUGUGACGCGCCACGACUCUCCUUAUUUUGUGUGCGUAUGGUUGUGAAGGACUUUAAGGCCAUAUCCUCAACUGAAGGUUGGAAAGUAAUGAGGCGAGCUAACCCUGCACUUGAACAGGAGCUACUAGAGUCUGUUGUUGAAGCGGAUACUAGAAAGGAGGAGAGGUUAAAGAAAAUGGAAGAGAAAAAAGUAUACUUGCAGUUGAAUGAGGCGAUGGAAGCCCUCCUUCAUAUAUGCAGGGACGGGUGCAGAACAAUAGGGCCCCGUGACAAAGUCCUGAAAGGAAGCCAAGUUGCAUGUGGAUUUCCAGCUUGCAAAGGGCUUGAAACUUUAGUCCGCCAUUUCUCCAGCUGUAAAACCCGUGUUCCUGGUGGUUGUGUGCACUGCAAGCGCAUGUGGCAACUUCUUGAGCUGCAUUCUCGCUUGUGUAAUGAGCCUGAUGCGUGCAAAGUCCCUCUUUGUAGGCAUUUCGAGGAAAAAAUGCAGCAGCAGAGCAAGAAAGACGAGACCAAGUGGAAAUUGUUGGUCAGCAAAGUAAUAGCUGCCAAGAAUGGAGUUGGAGGUUUCUCGAGUUGGCGCUCGGGCUCUGCUUUCUUAUGAGUUACUUUUCUAUAUAUACAGUUGAGGCUACAAUUCUGGCCUUCUCUAUGCCAAUAAUGUUUAAUUGCAAAACGUAUUUCAUAGUAAUAUUAUCCUUUCACAGCA